AUCGGCGUAUCUUUUCACCACUCUGCAGUGCCAUUGGUAGGGCCCCACGUAAUACCUUACCAGGAAUUAAAAUGUUGGUUGUUUUCUUUUUUUUUUUUUUGUAGUGGGAGGGAACAUUUGGGCAAUGUGGCUUCGGAAAUGAAUAGUCUAAUGUUACGCUGGGUAAAACUUAUAAUGGUGUUUACACCUUUCGAAAGUAGUUGCCAAGACUUGCGUUGUUGUGCAGAAAAAAAUAUUGAAAUAGGAAUAUCUCUUUUUCGUCAAUUUGCGCUUUGCAUUGCAACCAGCAAACGCUCGGUUGUUGAAGGUCCACGGAACACAUCCCCUUUCGCCAUUCUUUGUGGCGGGUUAAAACGGGCCUUUAGGAUUUUCUUUUCGUCAAUAUUAAGGAUGAAUUAA